AUGUCCGCGGAAGUCCCCGAAGCCACCUCGGUGAAGGAGCAGAAGGAAAUGGAAGAUAAAGUGACUAGUCCAGAGAAAGCUGAAGAAGCAAAAUUAAAAGCAAGUUAUCCUCACCUGGGACAAAAGCCUGGAGGUUCAGAUUUUUUAAGGAAACGAUUGCAGAAAGGGCAAAAAUAUUUUGAUUCUGGGAAUUACAACAUGGCAAAAGCAAAGAUGAAGAACAAGCAGCUUCCUACUGCAACCCCGGAUAAGACAAAGGUCACAGGUGACCACAUUCCCACUCCACAGGACCUUCCUCAACGGAAACCAUCCCUGUUGCUAGCAAGCUUGCUGGCUGAUUAA